UCUGAAGUUAAAGAUGUGUCUAAGGUGGAUGGAGAACAAACUGAAAACAGAUAUUCAAUUGAGGAAAUAAAUGAUCUUAGCAAAAGUCUAAAUCUAUACAUCACAAAAGACGGGGCUGGACUGAAUGUAUCACCACAAGAUGUAGAGGAAACUGAGGACCAGGAGCCAAUACCCCUCCUCGGUACAGUUAGUAUUUCUGCUGCUGACAUGAAUGGGUUCUACAGGAGAUCUCCAACUCCCACUAUAGAUGAAAAUCCUCAUGGAAUUGGCUUUUUUUCAAAUCCAAGCAGUAGCACUGGUGUUACCAGUGAUGGUGAAGACAACCAUAAUAUUAUUGGAAACUCAAAAUCCUCUAUGGAAGAGAUGGCUUUAGAGGAGAAACUCCAAGCAUCUGCAGGUGACACUAAUCCUAAAACCAGUGCACAUCUUAGUUCCGAUGUCAAAAAAAGAACAUUACGAGUUUUGAAAAGUAUAAACGAGUUCCUUUCUACCUCAAACCAUGUCGACAGCAAAAAAUUUGUUGCCCCUUCAUUGGGAUCAAGGAACAAGCAAAUAAAGGACAAAAAGACAAAGUUAGGAUCAACCUGUAUCUUGCAAACACGGACCAAAAAACAAUCUGAUCUCCACAAGGCUUUUGUAAAAAGUAAAUCUAAAGAUGUUCCUGGUUUAAAACGACCGCAGUUGAAAAAACAUUUUUCAACUUCUUCAGAUUGUUUUAAAAUUGCUGACGAGAAAACACAGAUAGGCCCAGAUUUUCAUCUUGAAAACGCCUCUAUCUCUAAAGGUUUGCGAAAAGAGAAAAUGAAAUCACAAUCCAAUUCAAGUUGUAGUAGUAAGCAUCCUGCCAUUGCAGUAAAACCAGCUAAAAAUGAGGAACAUCUGCAACAUUGGCUCUCUAAAGGCAUGAAUAUUAAAACUACCUCCCAGAGUAAACAGGCUAGUGAUUGUGUAACCACAUACCUCUUAGCACCCUCUAUGAUUUUAAUGGAAACAGAAACUUUUAAACAAAAUUUAGAUGGAGUUGUUAGUAAAAGUGUUCAUGAGUCAUAUUCCAAAACCACUUGGUUGGAAAAUAGUUCUUGCAGUAAAUCUAACAUAGAUGGUACAUUUGCCCCAUUAGAUCCAAAUCACCACAAAAGAACCUUUUCAAAGCUCCACCCAAUUUCAUCUCCAUCAGAUGUACUGUGGCAUAAAUCUGGAAAAACCCUAACCCAAGGACUAGGGAAUGGACACAUCGUAAAUGGGACAGGUGAGGAUGUAAUCGAACUUGUUAAUCGAGGAGAAAGCUCAAACAAGCCGUUAACUCGUGACAAAAAUGAUGCACUAAGUGAGGAUGAUCGCAGUGCUCAAACGUCAGUCCAGUGUACAAUCUUUAAUAGUGGUGAGAAGGGUGCUUCCUCUUUUAUAGAGCAGAUUUCUCAAAGGUGUCUUCAAAAUGAUCUCACUCAAGCAUCAAUGGAACAAGAGUGCCUCAUCUAUUCUGAACAAAUGAAAAAUCUUAUUAAGAAUAAAAAAGAGACCCUUUGCCAGUUAGAUACUAAUAACACUUCAACGUCUUGUACCAGCCCCUUAACUGUCAGUUUUUCCAACCUUGAGGAACUUGAUGAUUCAAUGGAGGAUUUGGACACCCCUUUCGUUGAACAAAAAAUAAAAGUAGAUAUAUCUGACACUAAGAACCGGAGAGCUUCCAAGGAGGAAGGAAAGGCAGUCUGUUCUCCAUCCCGUGAAUUAAGUAACCCAAUGGAGCAUGUUGGGGUUUCUACCAUGACUGCUGAAUGUGCUAGACUGUAUGAAGCAAAGAUGCAAGAUGUUUGCUCAGCCAAAAAGGUCCCACUGAGACUUAAAAGCAAAAAAGGUCAUCAAUGGGACACAAGAACUGACUCAAGUAACCAUUUUGACUUCUGUGAUCAAAUGAAGAGAGAUUUGGAUGACACCUUCCGAAGUAAUCUGAAUGCGGUUGUGAAGAAAUCCUGUAAAACAAAGUAUAGAUUCUACAUAUUGGUCACCUCUGAUGACGUCUUCUUUGAAGAAACAAGGGAUCAGUUGGAGGCAGAGGGCCACUCUGCUGUUCAGCCAUCUGAAUUCUUCCUCGGUGAAGACAGUUCUUCCUCACUUCUCAUCAUCCUCAGGAAUGAAGAUAUUGCGGACCACAUUUGUAAGGUACCACAUUUGCUCAAGCUGAAGCUGACCCCAGGUGUGCUGUUUGCUGGAAUCGACGAACCAGAUGAUGUCAUUAAUCUCACUCAUCAGGAGCUUUUCACUCGAGCUGGUUUUGUAAUGGUUGACAGAGCAGUCCUGGAGCCCCUCAGCAUCUGCAACAUGAAAGAAAUCUCAAAAAACCUGCAAGAGCUCAGUAAAACUGGGAAGUGGAAAUGGAUGCUACACUACAGAGACAGCCGUCGCCUGAAAGAAAAUGCAAGGAUGAGCGAAGAGGCGAACAUGAAGAAGCUCUUCAUGUACUGGUGCCAGGAUGCUGGUAUACUGGAGGUCUUGCCUUACCACGAGUGUGACCAGAUGACCAAAGAUCAACCAGACUAUCUUGCAUGUUUGUGCCGAUUGCAAGUCCAACAUAUAUCAUCUCGUUUGACUGUUUUUAUAACAGAUGCAACCACAGAAGGUGCCUUUGAGGAGAAUGGAAUUUUAACAAUGACUUUAAACGCUUUUCUCACAAAGUCUCCAUCAGAAAUCUUGAGUCAGAACUAAAAAAGAAGCCGAAUGGAUGAGAUUCUCUGGACCUUCAGACAAUCAGAAGCUCUUUACAGGCAUGUUUGGAGUGAUGGUUUUCCAACAUGCUAUACUACACAAGCAUUUAAUCCUAAAUGAACAUUUUUGUCAGCAAAAGUUUUUUUUUUCUUUUUUUUUAAGCAGGCCUCUUUUUUUUCCAGGCCUCUGUAUAAAUCCUAGCUCUAAUUCUGUUAUUGAAUAGAUUGGCGUUUUGCCGAAAUGCUGGCAGCUGUGCUGUUUCAACCAACCUUUAACUUAAAGAUUGUAUAUUGUGUUGUAAUUUAGCCGUUUUUUAAUGUUUCUCCUGACAUACUGACUGUAUAUUUUUACAGCAAAGCAAGAAAGCUUCAUCUGUCUGUUUUUUUUAAACAUUGCAUAAUUUAAAGAUUACACUUGUACAGUAUUUCUUAAAUGUUUUUAGUUUAACGAUAGGCAUUACUUGCAAAAGCCUGAUAGCUACAGUGUUUUAUUUGAAUGUGUGUAAACAGGUAUGAGAUUCCGUCUUUGUAUCUGGGAAAGUAGCUUUUCUAUUUUCCUACUGUUUUUUUCUUUAUAUAAAUGUUUAUUAAACUUUCACAGAGUCUUAUUUUCUCAAGCAGAUUUAACUUGAAGCUUAUAGCUUUGCACAGAAUCUGUUUUUUUACACCCAAUGAUUGCAUACCUUAAACUUGAAUGGAACCAUACGGAAAGCUACUGCAGGGAUUUCUGCACAGUCUGGAUGCUUUUCAGCUCUGGAUACGUCUCCGAAGAAAAAUGGAAUAAAACCUGUAUUUCUAGAACA